GCGCCGCGAAGGGGACUGGCCGGUUACUUCCUUCGGUGGCGGCGCAGAGCGCGGCGCGGCCCAUCCUCGAGCUCCUGGAGCCGCCUGCCUGCGCCCGGCCAGCGUCCCGGCUCCCGGCCCACCGCCCAGGUGCCCGCACCCGCGGCCCGGACCCCCGCCCCGCCGCCCUCGUCCUGGUCAGCGUCCGCCGCGCACCGCGGAGCCGGGCCCGGAGCCGCCGCCGGCCCUGCCCGAAGCGGCGCGAUGAAUGACUUUGGAAUCAAGAACAUGGACCAGGUAGCCCCUGUGUCUAACAGUUACAGAGGGACACUCAAGCGCCAGCCAGCUUUUGACACUUUUGAUGGGUCCCUGUUUGCCGUUUUCCCCUCUCUCAGUGAAGAGCAAACACUCCAAGAGGUGCCAACAGGCUUGGAUUCCAUUUCUCAUGACUCUUCCAACUGUGAAUUGCCUCUGUUAACCCCGUGCAGCAAGGCUGUCAUGAGUCAAGCCUUAAAAGCUACCUUCAGUGGCUUCAAGAAGGAGCAGCGCCGCCUGGGCAUCCCAAAGAACCCCUGGCUGUGGACCGAGCAGCAAGUGUGCCAGUGGCUUCUCUGGGCCACCAAUGAGUUCAGCCUGGUCAAUGUCAAUUUCCAGAGGUUCGGCAUGAAUGGCCAGGUGUUGUGCAACCUGGGCAAGGAGCGCUUUCUGGAGCUGGCUCCCGAUUUCGUGGGCGACAUUCUCUGGGAGCAUCUGGAGCAAAUGAUCAAAGAAAACCAAGAAAAGACAGAAGAUCAGUAUGAAGAAGAUUCACACCUCAACUCAGUCCCUCAUUGGAUUAAUAGCAAUUCACUAGGCUUCGGCAUGGAGCAGGCAGUGUAUGGCGUGCAGACCCAGAACUAUCCCAAAGGUGGCCUCCUGGACGUGUGUCCGUCCUCCUCAGCGCCCAGCAUGCUCGGUUCCGAGCAGGAGUUUCAGAUGCUCCCUAAGUCUCGACUCAGCACUGUCAGCGUCAACUACUGCCCCGUCGGUCAGGACUUCCCGAGCGGCAACUUGAACCUGCUCGCCGGCGGUGCCAGGAAGCCCCGGGACCACGACUCCCCCGAGAACGGCACAGACAGCUUCGAGAGCUCUGACUCCCUGCUGCAGUCCUGGAACAGCCAGUCGUCGCUGCUUGACGUGCAGCGCGUGCCGUCCUUCGAGAGCUUCGAGGAUGACUGCAGCCAGUCCCUGUGCCUCAGUAAGCCGACCAUGUCCUUCAAGGACUACAUCCAGGAGAGGAGCGACCCGGUGGAGCAGGGCAAACCGGUUAUACCCGCGGCAGUGCUGGCUGGCUUCACGGGAAGUGGACCUAUUCAGCUGUGGCAGUUUCUCCUGGAAUUGCUCUCAGACAAAUCCUGCCAGCCAUUCAUCAGCUGGACCGGGGACGGCUGGGAGUUCAAGCUCGCGGACCCUGACGAGGUGGCCCGCCGGUGGGGAAAGAGGAAAAACAAGCCCAAGAUGAACUAUGAGAAGCUGAGCCGGGGGCUGCGCUAUUACUACGACAAGAACAUCAUCCACAAGACGUCGGGGAAGCGCUACGUGUACCGCUUCGUGUGCGACCUGCAGAACUUGCUGGGCUUCGCCCCCGAGGAGCUGCACGCCAUCCUGGGCGUCCAGCCAGACACAGAGGACUGAGGCCCCGGGGGGGCUGCGAGUGCGGCCAUCCGACCCACCGCUCCAGUGACCCUGAGAGGCGGGAUUGGACGCAUCCAGGAGAGUCCCCAAGAAGCAGUGGCCUUAUUUCACUGGAAACCACGGCUUUUCACCCAAAGCAGCGUGGUUUCUCACUUGUAAAGCCCACUGACGGGAACGCGCUAUGUAUGAUGCUCUGACCUCAGAGUGGCCAAGAAAGAAGUGCUGGGAAGCCGUCCUGGCUCUGAGCAGGCCAUGUGAUAGGGACGUGCAGGCCGUGGGGUAGUCUCCAAGGAGUGAGCG